UUGCAAAGCCCCCUCUUAACUAUUUCAUUUCAUUUCAUUUUACUCCUCUCAUUUCACAUUGUUUCUUGAAAUAUAAUUCUUUUAAAAAUAAAUGGGAAUUUGUAUUGUGGGUAUUUGCUUAUAUUGAAAUAAAGAGGUUUUGUGAGGUGGGUUUUAAGUUUUAUUGAAAAAAGCUUUGAUCUUGGGGAUAAAUAUAUAUGAUGAUGCCGGCUACAUGCCAUAAUCUUGAAUUUAGUAGAGCAGCAGCUGGUUUUCUUGAUUUCAAUAAUGCUUGUGGGUGUUCUUUUAAUUGGCUUUCUAAGAGAAAUUAUGCAAGAAAAAUGAUCCGGACUGUUGGUAGAGGAUAUUGUGGCGGUGCUGGUGCUAAUGGCGGUGGCCGGAGAUUGGUGUGUUUCCGGCGUGAUGGUAACAUUGCAAAGUGUAAAGUGUUUUCAACUGAAGCUCCUGGGACUUUAGUUAAUGGGGAUGUACCAGGGCCUCCAACCGUAUUAAGUGAGAAGAAAGAAAGUACAACUGAUUUGUUUGAAGUUGUUUCUGAUGACCUUUUAACAUUGAACAAGAAUCUACAAUCUAUUGUUGGUGCGGAAAACCCAGUUUUGAUGUCUGCCGCUGAACAGAUAUUUAGUGCUGGUGGGAAGAGAAUGAGACCAGCUUUGGUUUUCUUAGUGUCAAGAGCCACAUCAGCCCUUAUGGGUUUAGAGGAACUUACAAGAGAACAUAGGCGUUUGGCGGAGAUCAUUGAGAUGAUCCACACUGCCAGCUUAAUACAUGAUGAUGUUUUGGAUGAAAGUGACAUGAGAAGAGGGAAAGAAACCGUCCAUCAGCUGUACGGUACACGAGUGGCUGUUCUAGCUGGUGAUUUUAUGUUUGCACAAUCAUCAUGGUACCUAGCAAAUCUUGAAAAUCUUGAGGUUAUAAAGCUUAUUAGCCAGGUUAUUAAAGAUUUUGCAAGCGGUGAAAUCAAGCAGGCGUCAAGUUUGUUUGAUUGUGAUGUUGAACUUGAUGAAUAUCUGAUCAAAAGCUACUAUAAGACAGCUUCAUUAAUCGCUGCUAGCACAAAAGGAGCAGCAAUCUUUAGUGGUGUUGACAAAGAUGUCAGCGAGCAGAUGUAUCAAUAUGGCAAGAAUCUUGGUCUUUCGUUCCAGGUUGUCGAUGACAUAUUGGAUUUCACACAGUCAGCCGAGCAACUGGGAAAGCCCGCUGGCAGUGACCUGGCUAAAGGAAACCUGACUGCACCUGUUAUUUUUGCUCUUGAAAAGGAGCCAAAGCUGAGAGACAUCAUCGAGUCAGAAUUUUGUGAAACGGGAUCCCUUGAUGAAGCUAUUCAGUUGGUGAUGAAUAGUGGUGCGAUUGAAAGAGCACAGAGUUUAGCUAAACAGAAAGCUGAUAUGGCAAUCCAGUGUCUUCAAUGCCUUCCUCAGAGCGCAUUUCGGUUAGCCCUUGAGGGGAUGGUGAAGUUCAAUCUCGAGCGUAUUGACUAAAAUUGUUGAUGGUUUUGAACUGGGACAAUGACUAACUCCUAUCAUUAAAAAACUGCGGGGUUCAGUAUGAUGCAUUUAAUCUGUUGUCCUUGAAUCUGUCAAGAAACACUCUUGCUUCUUGGAGGUUAUAAGGUGUCCUUCGUUCUGGAUCGGCUUCUGUAAAACAUUAUAGAAUUAUAGGAAAUUCAUAUAGUUGGAAAAAAGGAAAUAAACAUUCAUGGGUGUUGUAUACUAGUUAUAUUCUUUAAAUAUGAUCGAUCAUAAUUUUAAGUGUUUUUCA